AUGUCGAACGGAUCCAAGCGAAAAAGGCAGCCAGCCGGGCUAUUCACUGGCAAAGACUUGUGUGCGACAUCUGAUGUGUGGAAUGCCUGCUUCGGCCAGGACGGCAACUUCAAAGUCAUCGUCAAAGAGCCCCCGACAGAGGCUUCCAAGGAUCCUGAAGUUGAGGCGAUGGGAGAGCGGGAGUUUAAAGUCUGGUCUUCCCUCCUUGCCAAUUGGUCUCCCGUCUUUGAGAAGAUGAUCCGUUCCGAUACCUAUGCAGAGUCGAAAAGCGCCGACAUCCAUCAUCAACAUCCGAGCACUUAG